UUCGUUUGUUUCGAAAGUUUGAACUUUUAUCAAACUUUGAUAUUUGGUAAUUAUUUUCGAUGUGUUUUCACUUUUCGAUGAUAUAAUACGAGGAAAAUAUAAAAUUUACUGAACAUUAUAAAUCACUAAAAGCCUUAACGUGACAGAAUUAUUUGAAAUGGAUGUUAGUACAGAAACUGUUUCCAACGAAAGUCGAAUCUGCCAGGAAAAAAUAAUUUUAGAAGUUAUCAAAGAACUGUGCCGUGAUAAAAACAAACUGUCUUCUAAUUUAAAGGAAAAAGUGUUAAACAUAGUCGCCGACACAGAUCUAUCACAUCAUUCGAGUUUACACAAACUAAGUACUACUGAUGAUGGUACUUCUACAUUACUGGGUCUUAUAAACGUUUCCUCUACUGAACUAACAUUUGAAGAGCAGGCUGAACUGAAUCAGGCAAUUAUACAGAAGAUUCAAUCUAAAAUUCCAUUGUUUUCGACAGAGUUGGAAAAUAUUAAUAAAAACAUUAUUAGUCAACAACAUACACACAAAGACACCAUACAGAAACUACAGGAAAGUGUUGAUGACAAGCUCAACGCAUUAAAAGAACAGGAACAUGAGAAAAUAGAUCUCAUGGCACAGUGGCUUAAUCACAGACUUCAUGAUGUAGCCAAGUUCAGUUCCAGUAUGAGUGAACUCGGCAUAAAAUGGGCUCCCCUGGACCUACCGAUGCAGCGCCGCCUCCAGACCCUAGGGGCUCUCGCCUGGGUCAUCAUCACCCUGUGCGGUGAACCGCUUUGUAUACUCGCCUUCUUCAAGCUCAUAUACUCGGCGUACUGGUGGCUGGGUAUCCUGUAUGCCGUGUGGAUGAUAAACGACAUAGAAGUAUGCCAUAGGGGCGGAAGGAAAAUCGAAUGGGUCAGGAAUUGGAAGCUAUGGAGCUACUACGCCGACUAUUUUCCAAUCCAGCUGCGGAAAACAUCAGAAUUGGAUCCAGACAAGAAUUACCUACUAGCAGUGUUUCCUCACGGAGUCGUCAGCUCUGGUAUCAUGGGCGCCUUCGCCUCCAACAGUCGGCACGUGAAUAAGAUCUUCCCGGGAAUGUCUUUCAAUUUCAUCACCCUGGCUGGUCACUUUUCGGUGCCAUUUUUCAGGGAUUUCAUCCUCAGUCUGGGUGGAUGCUCCUCCUCUCAAGAAAGUCUGCUUUAUUUGCUGGAUAAGAAGAAGAGGAAAGGCAAUGGAGUUAUACUUAUGGUGGGUGGAGCGGCAGAAGCCUUAAAUUCACAUCCGGGAGAAUAUACAGUGGUGUUGAAGAGACGAAAAGGUUUUAUUCGCGUCGCUAUGAAGUCUGGGGCUCCACUCGUGCCUGUAUUUUCAUUCGGCGAACCUGAUGUGUACCGACCUCUGGAUAAUCCUCAAGACAGCUGGACGAGGAAAAUACAGGAGAAGGUCCGAGAAAUUACUGGAAUCUCCCCCAUAUUCCUCAUAGGGAGAGGAAUAUUCCAGUACUCUUUCGGGAUCCUGCCUAUGAGGGCUCCUAUUAAUGUUGUCGUUGGCGCCCCUAUGGAAGUAGAGAGGAAUCUCGAUCCGACCGACGAAGAGGUAAACGCCGUGCAUGCGCAAUUCACAGAGAAGUUGAUACAGCUGUUCGAGAGUGAGAAAUCCAAGUACUUACAGAAUCAUGAAAACACCGAGCUUAUUAUAACGUAGAAAUUCAAGGUACUUACAGUUUCUUUAUAUUAGAAAAAGUUAGUAGAUAUCUUGAAAGGUAGCUAACAUGGGCGUACCGAGGGGGGGGGGGGGGGGGCAGCAGCCCCCCUUGGAUCAUGUUGACGACUACAUCUAGUACUUUUAUUGAAAAUCUAGUAAGUACUUUCAUAGAAAAAAUACCUACUGCUUUCAUAGAAAAGUAAUAAAAGAUAUGAACGAUUCUUUCACAGAAGACGUAAUAAAUCGAUUUGCCGAAGACCCUCGAAAAUUACUUUUAAAAUAGACAAUGUAUAAAUAAACUAUAUAAAA